CCUAAUUUGGGUUUCCCAGGCAGUCAGCCCAGGCGAGAGCAAGCAUGGCGACUGAAAAUUGACAUUCUUUUGUGGGAGCUAAACUAGAUCACAGAGGAGAAAAGACGGCAAAAUUCCAUGAAGCAACAUUCGAUGCGAAGGGAUAGAUCAUCCUUGGCAAUAUCGUCAUUGCUUAUGAAUCACUCUCAUGCUGAUGGGCUUAGUGGCCUAUGAGCCAUUGUUUUUUAGAGCUAGCAAACCCUGGGUGACUUGGCAAGUAAGGAAAUUCUGCAUCUGCAAGGCUGCUCUGAAUUUAGUGCUUUACGGUUUCCAAAGUGCUUUACAUACAGCACCCUGGUAGCUGGGGAAGGGGGCACGGUGUUCCCCCAGUGUCUGCCUCAGGAAGGCUCGUCCAACCCAGAACCAAAUCACAGUCCGCCGCUUCUCCUACCCAUCACCCCCUCACACAUAGACUCACACAUACCCUCCCAGAUCUGUGCUCCGGGGGGCAACUGAGGCAGGGAUGCGAAGCAGAAGGCAGAAAGGAAAGCCGAUCUGUUCUGGAGAUCAUGGAACUGCUGCUCUUUCCGUCUUUACGUGCUGCUCAGAGCACACGUGGCCUUUCCAGAUGGCUGCCCGUGGCUGGGUCUGUUCAGCUUCCCUCAGCCCCAGACGCAGGCUGAAUCUGCCUGCUGUAGGGGUAGGAAAUACCCAAUCUUUUAAGAUGGAAUCGCUUCCCCAGGGAGUGUGGUCUGGAUGUUCCUGCUAAGGGUGGGAUGGCCCUCCCAGAGCAGCACGGCCUGACCUAACCCUCCUGGGACUCCUGGCAUCUCAGCUGCUGGCACUGCCCAUCUCCGAUUACCAGAGGGGAGGGAUCUCAGGACCUGGGGCCCUCCGUGCAGUGCAAACCUGAAUGCUCCAUCGCUCCAUCGGCUGCGGAGACUGCCCCGGAGCUGUGCCCAGACCCUUCCCAUUCACGGAGCGAAGUGGAAGACAGUGCUGCCUGGCUGGGAAUUUACAGAGGCUCAGAAAAAAGAUGAACUGGCCCCAUUCCUGCAUCUCCUUUUGUUGGAUUUGCUUUGCUGCCUCCAGACUGAGAGUCGUAGGAGCAGCAGAUGGGAGAUACGCUCAGAAGUUAUUUAAUGACCUUUUCGAAGAUUAUUCCAAUGCUCUUCGUCCAGUAGAAGACACAGACAAGGUCCUGAACGUCACGCUGCAGAUUACACUUUCCCAGAUUAAGGACAUGGAUGAAAGGAACCAAAUUCUGACCGCCUACUUAUGGAUCCGCCAAACCUGGCAUGACGCCUAUCUCACGUGGGAUCGAGACCAGUAUGACGGCCUGGACUCCAUCAGGAUCCCCAGCGACCUGGUGUGGAGGCCGGACAUUGUCCUGUACAACAAGGCUGACGAUGAAUCUUCCGAGCCUGUGAACACCAAUGUGGUCCUGCGGUAUGAUGGGCUGAUCACCUGGGACGCACCAGCCAUCACCAAAAGCUCCUGUGUGGUGGACGUCACCUACUUCCCCUUUGACAACCAGCAGUGCAACCUGACCUUUGGUUCCUGGACCUACAAUGGCAACCAGGUAGACAUAUUCAACGCCCUGGACAGUGGAGACCUCUCCGACUUCAUUGAAGAUGUGGAGUGGGAGGUCCAUGGCAUGCCUGCGGUGAAGAACGUGAUCUCCUAUGGCUGCUGCUCUGAGCCUUACCCCGAUGUGACAUUCACUCUCCUUCUGAAGAGGAGGUCCUCCUUCUAUAUCGUCAACCUCCUCAUCCCCUGCGUCCUCAUCUCUUUUCUGGCUCCCUUGAGUUUUUAUCUCCCUGCAGCCUCUGGGGAAAAGGUCUCCCUGGGAGUGACCAUCCUGUUGGCCAUGACUGUAUUUCAGCUCAUGGUGGCAGAGAUCAUGCCGGCCUCAGAAAACGUCCCUCUGAUAGGCAAAUACUACAUAGCCACGAUGGCCUUGAUCACAGCCUCCACUGCCUUGACCAUUAUGGUGAUGAAUAUCCACUUCUGUGGGGCUGAGGCCCGGCCAGUGCCACACUGGGCCAGGGUGGUUAUACUGAAAUACAUGUCCAGGAUCUUGUUCGUCUACGACGUGGGUGAGAGUUGCCUUAGCCCCCGCCACGACAGGGAGCGGGGCCGCCUCACAAAGGUUUAUGGCAAACUUCCAGAGGCUAAUCUGAAAACAGCCAGGAACAAAGACCUUCCCAGAAAGAAGGAAAUGAACAAACUCUUAAAGAAUGACUUGGGGUGCCAAGGUGAGACCCAGCAGGAUGCUGACGAUUACUGUGCACGGUACAAAGUGCUGACGAGGAAUAUCGAAUACAUUGCCAAGUGCCUCAAAGACCACAAGGCCACCAAUUCCAAGGGGAGUGAAUGGAAGAAGGUUGCGAAAGUCAUAGAUCGAUUCUUCAUGUGGAUUUUUUUCAUUAUGGUGUUUGUGAUGACUGUUUUGAUCAUAGCAAGAGCAGAUUAAUGAGCACUUGGUAUGUGGGGAUAAAGUAAUAGAAUUCUCUGUGAUCUACAAUAAUAAUUCCUCCAAGUCUUCUCUAUUUUAAUUACAGAAGUACUUUUACCAGUUAAGUUGCAUUUGGCUGCAAAUAACAGAAAACCCAAUGAACCAUAACUUAAAUAGAAACUACUCAUCUACACAAAAAUAAAUCCACAGUU